CGUUCUCUAUUUCUCUCCCUCUGCUAUGUCCCCUCUCCCACCCAUCCCCCAACCAUUCUGUAGAAUUAAGUUCAAACAUGACAUUAAUGGUUAGUACAAGUGUCACCCAGAUGAACCAUCCUGUUGGUUUUUCAUAGCUCCCAGAACUUAUUUAUUCAUUACUGCAGCAGAGUGGCACAGUCAUUUGGAGCGACUGCCAGCUGGGGGUGAGGAAGACCCAUAUGUGUGGAGAUACAGCCAGGUCCAAGUCAGAAUUCCGGCCACUGAAAGGAUAAUCUGGAAAUUCUAAAGUAGGAUGUCCUCCUGACCUACUGCACAUGCCCCACCUCUUACAAGAUUAGGUAGUUGCUCCAUGGGGGCUGAUGGCACUGACCAGAAGAUCAAGAUGCUGAAUAUACAGAACGCAGCUUGGGGCAGCCGACAGGAUUGGUACCAAGACAGUCUAGUGACGGGACAGCCCAGUACAGAUAGCUGUCAGCAGCUGGACAGCAGUCUAGACUCAGAACAUCAGACUGGGGCGGUGAACGAUGACCUGGAUGACUCACAGAUUCGACUACAGUUGAAGCGUAAACUCCAACGCAACCGCACAUCCUUCACUCAGGAGCAGAUUGAGGCACUCGAAAAAGAAUUUGAACGGACGCACUACCCCGAUGUCUUUGCCAGGGAAAGAUUAGCAGCAAAGAUUGAUCUGCCUGAAGCUCGCAUCCAGGUUUGGUUCUCAAACCGCCGAGCCAAAUGGAGACGAGAAGAAAAACUACGUAACCAGAGGCGCCAGGCAGGCAGCGCGUCCAGCCAUCUUUCUAUCAACAGUUCUUUCUCCAACAGUGUUUACCAGUCCAUGCCGCCACCCAGGACCCCAGCCUCUUUUGUCACGGGAUCGAUGCUAAGCCGAAGUGAAGCAGCUAUAACCAACAGCUAUGGUUCUUUGCCACCUCUGCCAAGUUUUACCAUGCCAAACAACCUACCCAUACAGCCAGUGGCAAGCCAGACGUCCUCCUAUUCCUGCAUGAUACCACCAAGCCCCUCAGUGAGCGUCCGCAGUUAUGAUGCCUAUACAUCUUCUCAGCUUCAGACACACAUGAAUAACCAGAGCCUGGGAUCCAGCGCUGGAGGUUCUACAGGUCUGAUCUCUCCCGGAGUUUCUGUUCCUGUACAAGUACCAGGAGGAGACCCAGAUCUCAGCCAGUACUGGCCCAGACUCCAGUGAAGAACAUGGGACUUUUGUUGAUGAGACUGAAGAAAGCCACCAUAUUGCCAGAAACACUGGAAAUAUCAUUGAUUUGGCCAAAUGGAUUUUGGUGAUUGAUCAGCAGCAGAAUCUAGCCAUCUCUCAAUCAACAAAUAUAUACAACAAACCUAAAACUUUCUUCUCAGUUCAAUACCAACUAAAAAUACUAACAAGACAACCUCAGGUCACCAGACCUCAGCAAGGACUUUUUUUUAAUAUAAAAGGGAACAGACUUUCCAAGUGUAUAAGUCAGUUUUUCUAAAGCUACUUGUUUAUCAAGCUUGAAAAUCAACUGUACUAUAAUUAAAACAAUUAUUAAUACUGUGGCUUAUCAACAAGUCAAAAAAAAAAAGAACUUCAUGCAAAUUCAAAAAACGAUCUUUACAGUGACAUUGGUGGGGAGAUCACCUUUCCAGACAUGACAGCAGCCACUCAGCUUUUCAUCUGAGCUUCUUAUUGCACCAUCUCAAGUGAUUGCUACAUAUAUUGCUAUUGGGGAUCCUUCACAACGAGGGUAACAUGGAAAUGCUCAAGAAUAAAUUUCCAAAUUAUCUGUCUCCUAGUAGAUUGUCCAUAAGAAUGUAUGGAUAAUCCCUUCUGCAAAGUUUUCAUCAUUUCCAGAAGAAUUGAGAGAACACUGAUGCAUCAGGAAUAGAUAGAGGUGCACAUCACUUGACACCUGCUAUAGAAACUUGUGUGCUGCCUGGUGGGACAUUCUCAAGACAUGGGAGGUGUGGGGUGUGGAAGAAUAUACAGUAUUGCAGAAUCAAGGACGUUGGGCAACAAUGCUUCUACACCUUCCCCAUCUCUCACCCACUGCAGGAUCAUUGAUCCUAAAUAUACAUAUUAACUUAAAUAUACAAUAACAGACUUGAGUUGUAUAAAUAAACAGUAAUAGAAAGACUUAAAUGCUUAUUUUUCCUGAGGAAAAUGCUGCCCCAGGUUUCCACCAGUCCUGGCCACAUGCCUGAUACCCUAGGCCAAACAAAGGGCCACUUUAUUGCCCUUCAGGCUUUAGGAGGGCCGGAUUGGGGCCAGCAAGGGAAGAAA